GCAUUUUCCCGCGGAUUUUGUUCCAGUUCGACGUGAUCGCGCGAUACUUUAUUGUUAAUUUGCAUAACGUUUUUCUUGAUCACGCGAAUGGUUUGCGUUUGGAUUGAUAUAUUUCCAUAGAUCUCUUAUUGUUUGCUCAAGAACACGUCAUCCGCGCAAUCGAUUAAAUCGUUUAGUUGUUUCGGCUUCGUCUAGGUUAUGCCGCAUUGACAGAUCAUUCUGCCUACGUUUGUUCUUAAUAAAUUCUUCGCAGAAUGCGUCUCUGAGGACGGAUCGCAAUAACGAGAUUUAAUGAAAUGAAAAUGAUGGACGUUUCGAUAGAUGACGAUGACUGCGCGGUGGAAGCAGUCAAGCCUGCGAAAAAGAAGAAAAUGAAACAAGCGCAACUACCGUUUCAAGCAUUAAAUUCUGCUAAAUUGUCGCCAAGUACAAACAUUGAGCCUAACAAGAAGAGGAAAGUGACAUCGCCUUUAGUGAGUCUCAAAAGUCCCAAGGUAUCUAAGUUGUCAAAGAAGGAUCACCUCAAUCAGAACAUCUUAGAGGAUGAAGAGGAGAAUGUGAGAGGAAGUAGUAAAGAGUGCAUCGUAGUAUCGGACGAUGAGAAAAAAGACGUUCAAUCGGAGCAAAGCGUUGACGAUGAGAAAAAAGACGUUCAAUCGAAGCAAAGCGUUGAUGAUGAGAACAAGAAAGGUGAUAUCACGCCUAAGAGGAGCUCUCUGGGAAAGAAUAAGAAGCUGGAUAAAUCGCAACAGAAAUCUGGUGCCUUAACAAAAUUUCUCAAAAAAACAGAUAGGAAAAUUACUGCCGACAGUGACGGUAGUACGCGUGAGUCAAAAUCUAGACAAGACCUUCAAGAUACAUCCGUGCAGGAAGAAAAGAAUGAGGUUUCGUUGGAUGAAAGCUUGGAGCCACAGUCUUCAGACAAAUAUAAGUUGCAAAUGUCUCAAGGAAAGGAAAGUCCCAGUGUCCAUAAUGAUAAACAGGCGGAAAGUCCUUCCUUCCAACAGUGGGACUCUGAUGUCGCCGUUUUGUCUUCAGAUAAUGAAAACCCGAGUGAGUUGGACGGGUCGACGUUGAGUAGAAAUGAAGAAACUGAAGAAUCCGCAGUGCCCGUUACUCCGAAAAGCGACAAGCAUGUGAUGAAGACAUUAAAAAGACUGACGCCGAAACAGUUGGAGAAGAGGGAAGAAAUUGCUAGGAGAAAGGAAGAGAAACUGAAAUUGAGGAAGGAGAAAGAGAAAAAGCGAGAGGAAGAAAAGGCGAAUCGACGGCGUGAGAGACAGGAGAAACAAAAGGAGAAGGAGGAAAAGGAAAGAAUGGAAAAGGAGCAGAAGAAGAAAGAGAAAGAGCUGAAGGAGCUUAAGAAGCAACUGGAGAUCGAACAAAAACAGAAAGAUAAGGAAGCGAAGGAGGAAGAACGCAGAAAACGAGAGGAAGCCAGGGAGGAAGAAAAAAGACGGAAAGAAGAAGAAAAGUUAGAAGCUGAGCGUAGAAAGCAGAAGGCUGCGUCGAAUUUCGCGAGUUUUUUCGUCUCCAGGAAGCAUGAAGCCAAGCAAAUUGAGGAAGAGAGUGUCGUCGAGGUGAAAAACUUCAUGCCUUUUGAAGUCAAGGCUGAUAUGAAGAUCGCGCCAGUCUGUCGAAGAAUGUUGAACGAAGGUGAGAAAUCGUUGCUCGAUGAGCAGCGUGACACGGACGUGCAGAAGUCCAAAUUGUACGUCGAAGACCUCAGGAAGGGCAGAAUCGUACCGCGCACUUCGUUGAAGACGUGGCCGCUCGAGGCGAAGGAUGACGACAUUAUUCUGCUAGACGACGACAACGACGGCAGUUCCAACAUUAUAAGAGACGCGCACAACUUGGAGAAACACCGACCGAAGCUAUUGCAGUUCAAGGAGAAUCGUCGUCCUCCCUAUUGGGGCACGUGGCGGAAGCGAAGUAAGGUCUUGAAUUCCCGACGGCCGUUCGUGAAAGAUGAGAAGUGGUUCGAUUAUGAAGUCGACUCCGACGACGAGUGGGAGGAAGAGGAACCAGGCGAAUCACUCAAGGGCUCCGACGAUGAGAAGGACGAGGAGAAUCCUGAGGAGAACGAAUAUGACGUCGACAAUGAGUUUAUGGUUCCUCACGGGUAUCUGUCCGACGAGGAGGCGCGGGCUGACGAGGAGGAGAUGGAGGAUAUGUCACCGCACACGCAGAAGAUGAAGCUGAAGAUACUCGGAGAGCAGUUCGAGGCCGAGAUGAACGCGAAAACGCACAAGCUCAAGCCGAAAAUAAUCGGAUGCUGCUGGGAGGGAAUUGACAAGUCGUUUCCGGAAUCCGUUCCUCCACACAUCAGGGAGCUUUUGUCGGCACGGCGAGCAUGGGUCCGCUGCGUACCGAUCACCCUACCGUCCUCGACGACGACGGAGGACGACUCGUCGGCCAACGCGGAGUGCAAGACGCCGACGCAGUCGACGAGAGGCCCGAAGAAGACCAAGUUCCCGAACGAGGCGCUGGCGGACCUGAUCCGGCUGCUGCACGGGAACACGCAUGGCAGACACUUUCUCAUGCGGGAAUUUAUGACAUUCUGGAACAGAAAAGACGACGGUACGCUGUCGAAAGUCAGCGUGCUACAAAAGAUCAACGAGGUCGCCAAGAGGAUAGCGUGUCCGGAAAAGGGCCCGAUGCACUUGAAAUCUUGCUGGUACGUCAGCUCGGAUAUCCGGAAGCAGUGCCUGCCUGACGAUGAGGAACUGUCAUUGCCGAAUCGUUGGACAUACAUCCUAACGCCGAGUCGGAAGAGCAACACGCAGGACGUCGCUGACAAGCCCGAGAAAGAGGAACGCGAAAAGGAGAAGGAGAAGGAGAGGAAGCACGUGCCGCUCAUCACACAGUUUGCUAAGAAAAUCACGCAGGAAGAGAUGAAGAGACAGUUAACGAGACCUGAGGGGGAGGAAACGAGCAAGCAACCGACGCAGAAACUAUUGAGCCAGGUCACGUCGAAGCUACCGUCGUUGCAGAGGCCGCCGAAACGGGCGACUUUGAUCUCCGUCGGUAGGGGAGAACAGUUUCCGGAGAAGUCUCGUAUACUGGCCAUCAGUAUUAACAAGAAGCAAGAGGAGGAGGCAUCGACAAGCAAGGAGAAGAGUGACGACGACAACGACAUUGUAUUCGUGGAAAGUGCGAGCGAUACGAGCGGAGCGAAGAGUCAGAAACCGGAAGCGAGUGAUGAGCAGGCGAACUGCGACGAAGAUAUGAAACCGAGCAAGGGAGGAAAUGCAGGAGCAAACGUAAUUGUCAUCGACGAUUUUGUAGAAUAAAGCAAUUCGGAAGAAUAGAGUGCGAGCAAACGGGAACCAUGGAUAAAAAUAUAUGUUCGAUUGCAAAAAUGAACGGAAAUAAAAUUCCGCGCAAACGUAUGCGAUAAGAUACGGUCAAAGGCGGUGCGGGAAGGCGGUAAUAUGGAGGAGGGAAAAUGCUACUCUUGUGAGGGUGGGCAAAUAUAUAAUUGUCGAAACGUUAAGUAACAAUGGCAGGCAUAAAGCGAGAGAAAAUACUAUAUUUCGCGCGUGCACGAGUAAUAAACGCAGAAGUCAGCUUGCGAUACAUUACUUGAAAAGGAUUUCUCGGGUCUUUCGAGCGGUCAUCGGUAUCUGUAUCAAUGAUGCUUACCAUAUGAAACAAUACUUCCUACAUGUACAAAGCUUUAAGAAUCGUUUUUCUAUCCUUUUUUUAUUAUUAAUGUUGCACUGUAUUUUAUAAUUCGGGUAAUCAUUUUGCGAUUGCGUUCGCCGGCGCGGAAAAUCACGUUAUAAUACUCCGUAGUGAAAAUGUUAGCUCAUAGUUGGGUAUGUCUUUAGAUAAAUAUAUGUGUAUGUAUGUAUACAAGUCGUUUUAUACGCGUAUGAUUAUCUAAUUGCUUAAACGAAAUACUCCUCUUUGUAGGCAGAAUUUCACUUUGUCAUUGAUCGCUGAAAGAUCAUAGUGUAUUCAUGAUUGAUUCCAUCAAACAAUUAUAAUCGCAAAUCCGACAAUAAUUUCCUAUACCGAGACUCGUGUGCCUUUCUUAGAUGUGAUAUAAGGUGUCUUUUUAACGCGUAAUUUCUAAAAAACGAAAUUGCAAGAAUGUGUAGAGAGAGAGCAGCUAGGAUAGUGUUGUAUGUUAUUUCUUGCGCGAUUCAGUGUUAUAAUCGGUAUUAAAUUAAUUCUGUUCUAAAUUAAUUGUACUGUGAAUUCCGAUUCGUUUAAACUUUCUAAAGCUACCGUAUAUCGCUCCAAUUGUAAUCGUGAUUUGAACGUGAUUAGCCUCUUAAAUGUCUAACCAAGAUCGAUACGGUGGAAUUUCUUUAAUCGGUAAUAUUAGACAAGAUGCCUUAGAAUAAUGUUUCCGCGCUUUGCAUUUGCUACAUACAAUGGACAUUGAACGUUUGUGAAUAGCGAAACGAUGCAUAAGUCGAAUCCUGCAUGGUGCAUAUCUAAUAUUUACGAUAGGCAAAUAAAUUUUCUGUUGCACUGAUUUUCUAUAAUGUUUACGAUAAAUAAAAUAUAUUUUCUAUUGCAUA